CCAUUUCGGCAGAAACCCAGUAAUCCACCUCAGACCAGCAAAAUGGCAUUCAAGUUCUUAUUGCUCGCAGCUUUCGUUGCGGUAGCGAGUGCCGGCGGGCCAGCGGCCUACGACAUUGGCACGCUGUCCGCAGACCACAGCAGCAUCGGCUACAGCCAGGAGUCCACGCAGAAGGGCUACGCCGGUCAGAACGUGGUGUCCUCGUACAGCCGCGCCGAGGACUCCGCGCACUCGUCGGUACGAGUGAGCAACAGCCACGUGAGCAACGACGCCCUGUUGGCGCAACCCGCCAUCGGCUACAGCUAUGCCGCGCCGGCUUUGGCCAAACCCCUAAUCGCCGCACAGCCCGUGAUCGCCAAAACCGCUUAUGCCGCCGCCGCCCCGGCCUUGACGACGUACGCUGCCCCGUUCCUCGCCAAAUCCGCGUACGGCUACGCGGCCGCCGCCGCCGCCGCGCCGAUCUUGACCGCGAAGACGGCAUACGCCGCACCCGCUGCCUACAGUUACGCUAGCCCGCUCCUGGCCAAGACCUACGCCGCCCCGGCCCCGCUGAUCGCCAAGACCGCCGCAUACACCACGUACGCCGCGCCAGCAACCCCCUUGAUCGCUAAGGCCGCUUACGCCACCCCGCUCGCCGCUCCUCUCGCCGCUCCUCUCGCCGCUCCGCUCCUAGCCAAGUCCUAUGCCGCCGCUCCGGCUCUCGCGUACUCCGCUCAUGCCGCGCCGAUCGCCGCCGCCCCGGCUCUCGCUGCUCCGCUCCUAGCCAAGUCCUAUGCCGCCGCUCCGGCUCUCGCGUACUCCGCUCAUGCCGCGCCGAUCGCCGCCACCCCGGCUCUCGCGUACUCCGCUCAUGCCGCACCGAUCGCCGCAGCCCCGGCUCUCGCGUACUCCGCUCAUGCCGCGCCAUUGAUCGCCAAGACUUAUGCCGCCCCUUACUCGUACGAGACGGCUUCCCCUGUAGUACACGCCGCUUUCACCGGCUUCGGCACUAGCUAUGCCUGGUAAAUGAUUCCGAAACUGUGGAUCUCUCUCCAGUAUCGUAUUUCCUCUUGGUACACGAGCCCAUAUUGUCUACGUAUAGAUGUGUAUAUAAUAUUUAUAGUGUGUGUAUAAUAUUUUUAUAUUUAUACCUCAUUGUAUACACGUAUAUUCUGCUCUAUAGCCAUGAAAAUUUCCGACAGAAUCCUUCAUAUAAGAAAUCUUCACACGGAACACGUCUCUUAAAGUUCACUUUUACAGAUUAGUUAAUUGCGAACAGGAAUUUUAUUGUAUUAAAUAUGAAUAAAGCGACCUUGUUGACACAUUGAA